ACCAUACACAAUAAUAAAGUAUAAAUGGAGGAAGCGGAAAAUCCACGCUUGGUGUUUCAAUUCAAUUCAAUGGUGGCGUUUAAAAAAAGCUGGAUAUGAUUUGAUUUUGAUCCAUCGCAUUUUUUUUUUCAAUCAUUUCCCUCCAGUUUUUCCACGCGCACGCUUUACCAUAUUUUAUUUUUAUUUUCAUUUUAAAUUUUCAUUUCAAAAAAAGAAAACAUUAAUUUAAUUUUUAUUUUUCCCCGCUCCAGCAAAAACCAUAAAAGGCUCCAACUAAUUAUCAUUAUCAUCAUUUCAAAAAUCUUCUCUCUGCUGCAGACUUUAUCUUUUUCUAGGGUUUCAUUUUCCUCUUCAUCACUGCAUCCUCAAUUUCUCACUCAGGGUCUCUUGAUAUGGAUUCUACAGCGCAGUCAUACCAACAUCGAUCACUUUCGAUCAAAUUAUGGCCUCCAACCCAGAGUACUAGGUUGAUGUUGGUUGAACGAAUGACCAAGAACCUCAUAACUCCAUCAAUUUUCUCUAGAAAGUAUGGACUUCUUAGCAAAGAAGAGGCUGAGGUGGAUGCAAAGGAAAUUGAGGAUGCAGCUUUUGUGACUGCAACCCAACACUUUGAAAAGGAGUCUGAUGGUGAUGGGAGUUCUGCUGUGCAAAUCUAUGCCAAGGAAUCGAGUAAGCUUAUGUUGGAGGUUUUGAAAAGAGGACCAAGAAGCAAGGAGAAUGGGGAAUUGGCAUCUGAAAAGGCUGGUGCUAUUGUUGAAACUGUUUUUGACAUAUCUGGGGGUCGCAGAGCUUUUAUUGACAAGGAGGAAGCUUCAGAACUUCUGAAACCAUUGAUGGCACCAAGCUCUUUUACAAAGAUAUGUUUCAGCAAUAGAAGUUUUGGUUUUGAUGCUGCUAAUGUUGCUGGACCCAUCCUAAUAUCAAUUAAAGAUCAACUGAAAGAGGUGGAUCUAUCAGAUUUUAUUGCCGGGAGACCAGAAGCAGAGGCUCUUGAUGUGAUGAAUAUAUUUUCUUCUGCACUAGAAGGUUCUGUUUUGAGAUAUCUUAACCUGUCAAAUAAUGCCAUGGGUGAAAAGGGGGUUAGAGCAUUCCGGUCACUCCUAAAAUCACAAAAUGACUUGGAAGAGCUUUAUUUGAUGAAUGAUGGUAUAUCAGAGGAAGCUGCAAAAGCAGUUGCUGAAUUGAUUCCUUCCACUGAGAAGCUUAAGGUUCUUCAUUUCCAUAAUAACAUGACUGGAGAUGAAGGAGCAUUUGCAAUAGCUGAAGUUGUGAAACGUUCCCCAGCUUUGGAAGAUUUUCGGUGUUCAUCUACCAGAGUAGGCUCUGAAGGCGGAGUUGCUCUUGCUGAAGCGCUUGGGGCUUGCACGCACUUGAAGAAGCUUGAUUUGCGGGACAACAUGUUUGGUGUGGAAGCUGGAGUUGCUCUAAGUAAAGUUAUACCCUUAUUUGCUGAUCUUAGAGAGAUAUAUCUCAGUUAUUUGAACUUAGAGGAUGAGGGUGCAGAAGCACUUGCUAAUGCUCUGAAGGAAUCUGCCCCAUCACUGGAAAUUUUGGAUAUGGCUGGGAAUGACAUUUCUGCAACAGCUGCUGUUUCUGUGGCUGCCUGUGUAUCAUCGAAGCAGUUCCUCACCAAGUUAAAUUUAUCUGAGAAUGAAUUGAAGGAUGAAGGUGCAGCCUUAAUCAGUAAGGCAUUGGAAGGAGGUCAUGGGCAAUUAAAUGAAGUUGAUCUGAGUACAAAUUUGAUCACAUGGUCGGGAGCCAAGCUGUUGGCUGAAGCUGUUGUUCAGAAACCUGGAUUUAAGUUGCUAAAUAUUAAUGCUAACUUCAUUUCUGAUGAAGGGAUUGAUGAGUUGAAGAAAAUAUUUAAAAACUCACCUGACAUGCUGGGUCCUUUGGAUGAGAAUGAUCCUGAAGGAGAGGACAUUGAUGAAGAAGCUGAAGAUUUUGAUAAUGAUGAAUUGGAAUCAAAACUGAAAGGCCUUGAAAUUUAAGAAGAUUCAUCGGACUUUGGCAUGCGUUUCCUUCAGAUUAAUUUGUAGGCCAAUUAAUAUUUGCGAUAGACAUACUUGUUUCAUACUAAGCAGCUAGAGCUUUAAUCUUUUGUAUUUUAGAUCUUCUAUCCGAAACUUGCUUUUUUGAUGUUUACCAGUUAUAUGCUCUUAAUAUCUGGCAAGACUAGAAAUGGGCAAAUGGUAUUAGCUGUAGAUUUUUUUGGGCUUUAUUGUGCCAUUUGCUGGCAAUUUAUUACCUUUGAUUGCUAGGUCAUGCUUAAAUAUUUGCAAUUGAUUCCAUAAGCAGAUUACUACA